ACUUUAAGAGAUACCCGGAUGUAAACAAAAUGGAGGACUUUGGGGGACAAUAACAUUAACUGGACUUAAAAACAUGUAAUUUUGAAGGAAUCGUUGCAAUAUUAUGGCAUUUAACUCUCAUUUCCAACAAUUUUUUGAUCCUAAAAAUGAAAAAACACCGCGAAACAACGUUGGAACUAUCAACUCCACGAAGUCGAAUGAAGAGAAGAGUGCGAUUCAACAGCAAAGGGCACCUGUUACAGUAUCAAAAUGGAUUGUACAGUUCUCAAUACUCUGAGGAGAACCCACAGCUCUGCCCAGGACGAAUUUUUGCCAUCAGUGCUCUAAGAGACAACAAAUGCCAGGAAAAUUGGGGGCCAUAUGUGCAUAAACAGGGUGAUCUUUUUUAUCUGGAUGUGAAACAGGAUGGCAGAAACAGAAACAAGCAUCAGCAAAGAGGCCAUGUAUCAGACUGGUCCUCAAACCAUCACGGGGACCAGUCACAGUCUCUGAAUUCUGGGAACUCGUAUACAUACAAUGGGGAUACUAGUCAUCUGGAAAAUAACAACCAGCCUUUAUUUACCAAGAAUUCUGCUGUAGAGACAAAGUAUAAUAAAAAUGAGGUACAAGUGUCGGGAAGUGGUUACAAACAUUUUAAACCUAAAAUUUUGUUUAGCGAUCAGAACUUGUUAAAGGAAAAUGAUUUAAAUUCUGAAAAUUGUGUUGAAAUUGAUACUCAUAAAAAGAUUAGUAAUGGUCAAAUUCUUAGUUCUUCCUGCCCUCAAAGUGAGGAUAAAAUCAAAUAUGUUUAUUUGGUGCCAAACUUAAGAAACUGUUGUUCAAGUGAUAAAUCUGGAAUUAUUCUAUGUGAGAAGCUUUUUGGGAUUGUGUUAUGUCAGUAUAACCAAAGGACUCCUCAGCUUAUGCUAAAUGGUAGCACAUUGGAAAAACUGGCAAGGGAGAGGAAAAUUAUUGUACAAGAUGUGUUACAGGCCAGUCCUGCCAAACAGUCGGCUCAGAUUUUUAGAGGAGAUAUGUUGGUGUGCUUAAAUGACAUUGAAUUAACAUGGGUUAACUUGGAUGAAAUUUUCAGAUCGAUCACAAAUAGACCGGUAAAGCUAACUUUCCAACUUCCUGUGGUUAUUGGGCCAGAUAAAAACCCUCCCCCCUCGCGAGUCCCUCCCCCUCUACCUCCCAAAACAUACCCACACAAAGUCAGCACCUGUACGGUGGUCCCCACGUCCCCACACCAACCUCCCAAGAAGCGGCGCCCCCAGCUGGGGGAUAAUAUCCUCCAACUAGUGUCCGGUGAGGAUAAGUCCAGACUCGUCUUGUUCCUGAAGAACGUUAUGUGUGCUGUGAUGUACUUGACUUUAGAUUCUCCUGAACCAGAGGAGUCGUCAGAAAACACAAAAGAAGACAUUGUAUAUCAGUUUCCUUGUGACCUUGAGAACAAACUUGUUGAUGUCAGAGGGUUAUUUCUGACAUUGUGUGGAGCAGUGCCAGACAUCACUGGCAAUAAUGUUAAAUGCUGUACCAUUAGUCACAAAGGGCAAACAAUCCAUGUAGUGUUCAUACGAGAAGGCCAGGAUUUGUUCUUGAUGGGCUUUCCCCAAUCCAGAGUUCCCUUGGCAUUCUGUGAGGUCGUUAUGAAGGAAAUGCAUAGACUCCUUAAGGUGCUGUUUGGUUCAGUAGUCAGCGCUUUUCGAUCUCCAAAGUUCCGCAUCCAGCUGGAUCAGUUGUUUUCCCUAACUCUCCACACCGUACUUCAGAAUCCAGACAUAAUCCAACAUGGAACUAACUCCAGUAUUCCAGCCCAAGUUUUCUUUGAAUCAAUAACAGGAGCUCAGAGGCUCAUCCUAACUCAGGAAAAUAUGUUACUCUGUGAUGAAAUAUUGAGUGAAUUUGAGGCUGCUGACUUUGAUGAAUUUAUGGAAGAAGAGGAUCUGUUUGAAAGGAGAGCAUUUACUGUGUUAGGAACCUGUCUAUACUAUAAGGAAUAUCUCUUGUGUAACCACCUACCUGUCUCUGAUUUCCAAGAUAUCCACCUCUUUGUUAAAUAUCACAGCCUGCUUCAGCUAAUGGGCAGGAAGAGUGUAGAAGAUCUGGUAAUCUGGAGGGAAAUGUUUCCCACUCGUCGAUGCCAUUGUAGGGAGGCCCCACCCCCAGGGUAUACUGAGCCCAGAGGGCAUUGGUUUCUGCUACUGGUGGGAAUGAAACAUUUUUUACUGGGUACCUUGCUUGAGAUGGGCGGUUGCACAAAGACACGGAAUAUCCCUCUGUCUCCCGAUCCAUUCUAUGUGAGUCAAGCUAAGGCCACUCUUCUGCAGUUUGAGACUGAUGAUGUUGCCAUGGCACAGUGCUGUGAGAAAAGAUUGACCGCAGAAUCCACUGGCCCUACUUUGGUCAGUGCCGAUUCUAUGUUACUUGGUAUCAAAUCAAAGAAGGAAGAUGGUUCAUUUAUCAGUCCUGCUAAAGUACAGGAAUCUCCCAAGAGUCCUACCACCCCUAUUCUGUCCCCCACAUACACAAUCCUCUUUAAGUGGCCUCUUUCUCCACCUAACAGCACCAACAAUGGCUUGACAGAGGAAUCCUCAGAUCAAUACAGGGGAGGAUCCAAUAGUGACGUAUCCACUCCUGUGAUGAAGCGCCAUGGGAGUCGUUUGUCGUAUGGUUCUAAUGACUCGGGGGGAAGUGGAAGUAGUUCAGGGCCACACAACAAGGGAAAAUUGGGCAGCAAAUCUGGUUCCGUUUUUGAUGUCAAUAGUAUUAACAGUGCAAUCCAUCCAGAACCGUACAAAGUCAUCAGAGUAACCCGAGGUUGUCAGAACUCAUUAUUUCAUGCUGUUCAGUUUGAUGGGAUGGAGGGUGUGUUUAUCUCCCCUACCCCUCAGGCCAUGGCCGUCUCCCAGGGGCAUCUUCAGGGUCAGGUUCUCUACAACUUCUACAAGAGUUGUCUGCAAAUACGCAAUUCAUUUCACAGCAGCCUUCCUCAACAGGUCAAACUGAAUCAACAAAAUGGUGGAGUGAACACAGCAUGUCCCCAGGAGCAGGGACUGCUGUUUAGUUAUAUGCAGCCUCAGGAAAACAAGAAACCACCAAUAACUCUUACAUACUGGGUAGUGGGACGACUGGUAAAACAGAAUAAGGAGUUGUAUGUGUGUUUCCACGAGUCUGUUCCUCAGUCGGCUGUUGAGCUGGCCUUCAGACUGGGCUUGGGUACCUGACAGACUGACUUGAAUUUCCAUGUGUGCCAUAUAGUCUUUUUACUGAUGACCCAGUGAAAAUAGUUCAGGAAUUAGUGUGUAUGACUGAGAAUUCCUCUUGCCACAAGGAAGUAGUUAGUUGUGGGAUAAAAUCACCGUUCAAGCUACUCACAGCAAUUAUAACUACACAAAAUGUUCAGAGCAUCUAUAGUUGUCAUAUAUAGGUCUUUCAGAAUGUGAGAUUAUAUUCAUUUGAAUACAGAAUGUGAAGACAUCAGCAGAUUUACUGACACAACCUUAUUUCUUCUGUGAUACACUUUAAGUCUGUGGUAACAGUCAAUGAUAUUUGUUAUAUUUUAUUUUUCUACAGGUAAAAACAAAUUUGUGGUGCUAAAUUUCACAAAAUCAUUUCAAUUUUUUCUUAACGUUUUCUUUUUGUACAUAUAUGUAUUUAUGCCUUUAAAAAUCCAAUAUCAUGUGUAGAUUUUUUUCCAUAAGUUUUGAUUUUAUUUAUUACUACACAUAUUUCUCUACAAGAUUAGUAUAUUUAUCAUGUAUUUUUAGGAAAAAUCAGAAAUUUCUUGUUUUAUUUGCACAACAGAUAUGUGUGCAAUAAAUUCAUAUUUAUGAUUGUAAUUUGAUGUUAAGGAGUUUAAAAGUUUGAAUAAGAAAUAAUUUGUUAAGUAAAUUAAAUUAUUUUUUAAAUCAAUUGUUUGUAAGAACAGAAAAAUGAACUGUCUGGUUUAAUUAUUAAGAAAAGGUAGAAAUAUAAAUAUGUAGUAAACAUGGUAAAAUAGUGUGAAUCUUGGUAUUCACACUAUCUAGAAUAAUCAAACAUCAUUUGUAAUUUACUAUCCAGUGAAAAAGGUCCUUGUGCAAUACAAAUGGGGGUGGGGGUGCAUCAAUUCUAACAAAAUUUGGAAUUGGGAAUAUUUUUGACAAGCCAAAAAAUAACUAACUAACCAAAAACUGAAAAAUUUACUCCUUUCUAUAGUAAGAGAGGUCUUUAUUUCCUUUGACAUCUGUAUAUCAUCUGCAGACAUACAUACCUGAUUAAAAACUUACAAAAUUCCAGUGCUUAUUAUGAAGAAGGGACAAGCAGAAAUGAAAGAGCUGGUCAUUCUUUAUAAAUUUUAUAUAUCAUACAAUUAAUCCCAGAAUGUUAUAUUUGAUGCAUUGUUGUUAGUGUCAUUUAUCAGGAGUUACAAGUUUAGUGAAGUCUUACUCGUGUACAAUUUAUCAAAUUCCAUUUUGACAAUCACAGAAUUAAACUACAUGUUUUUUGUUUCUCUCAUUAGCAUGUUCAAAAAGAACAUUUGAUGUUUAUACAUGUAUACAUGUACGUCUUUAUUAUAUGUCCUAGGUCUGUUAGUGUUUUGUUAAAAAUUAAUCAAUACUUGUUAUGAAUAUCAUUUUCUCAUUACUUUAUCAAUAUUUUAAUUUUUUUUUUUUGGAGUGCCAGUAAUAUGAUACUGUACAUGAAGUUUAUUGUAACAUAAUAACACAAGGGAACCUCCAUAAUAUUAUAUAAAGUUUGCUAUGAUAUAUAAACAUGUAUUUAUUUUAUUUUCA